UGUUAGUGCAUAUACACAGAUUUAUUAAAAAAAACUCAAAUUAAUUAAAUCAUAUGGUGCCGUGGAUAUACCAACAAAACUCCUAUACCAUUUUUUAACAAUUUCAACAAAUUACGCCGCGGUACGUUAAACCUAACCACAAAGUUAAAAGUGCGACAUAUAACUCAGGUGCAUUAAAUAUCUUGUAUUAUUUAACUGUCACUUGUGCAAGGUUUUUUUCAUGCAAGAAUUUCAAUUGAAAGUUGCAAACUAGUUUUGUGAUUAUGAUCGUGACCCGUUACAGUGCCAUUGAUAGCCUUUACAACAUUUACAAAUGCUCUGGAAAAUCAUUCGUGGUGAACACUUCAACAAGUUGGAGGCACAUUAAAACCGACACUAAAAGUAAAUUAAAAAUGGCUCUAUCAGAACAAGAAAGAUCAACCCUCCUCCAGCCUCUCCUAAACUCCGGCUGGAGUAUGGUCAAUGCUCGAGAUGCUAUAUACAAGGAAUUCAUGUUCAAAAACUUUAACGAGGCUUUUGGGUUCAUGUCCCGUGUAGCCAUGCAAGCCGAAAAAAUGGAUCACCAUCCAGAAUGGUUCAAUGUUUACAAUAAAGUCCAAGUGACUUUGUCGUCUCAUGAUGUUAAUGGAUUGAGUGGUCGAGAUGUUAAAUUGGCUUCGUUUAUGGAUAAUGCUGUGCAACCAAAAGUAUAAAAAAUGGUUAUGAUGGAUAUAUGCUGGCCGAAGGCCAAUGUUGCCAAAAUAUAUGUGUAAUGGAUAAACUUAGACAGUAAGUUGGGGCCCAAAAUGAUAUUAUGUGUCUAAGCUUCUAUAUUUGUUAAUAUUUUAUUUGAAGAGUAAAUGUACUUAAAUGUUAUAAAAGAA